AGCGAGGUCGGUAUGACUGAAGGUAGCGAAGUCGAUAUGAAUGAAGGUAGCGAAGUCGAUAUGAAUGAAGGGAGCGAAGUCGAUAUGACUGAAGGUAGCGAAGUCGGUAUGACUGAAGGUAGCGAAGUGGGUAAAGUUGAAUGUAGCGAGGUCGGUAUGACUGAAGGUAGCGAGGUCGGUAUGACUGAAGGUAGCGAUGUGGAUAUAGCUGAGGGUGGUGAGGUCGGUAUAAUUGAAGGUGGCGAGGUCGGCAGUGUUAUUGAAGGAAGAUCUCCCGAACCAGACCCAGAAUCCUUACUAGGAGGUGAGGGACUAGAUGCAGGGCCGAAAGUAGUAGGACUGUAUUGAGAAGAUGUCCCGCCUGUGUCUCCAAGUGGCGAUAAAGUGGUUAUUGCGCCACCUGACGGUGGUCCAUCUGUCGGUCCCCC